AGUAUAGACAGUGGACCAUCUUCUGGGACAUUACCUAGCAAGAGGAAAUCUGAUAAAGCAUUCAGAGUAACUCCAAGCCCUAUGAACACUAAUCAAUAGGAAAGAAGAUUCUAGUUGGACACCAAUUCAUUUUCCCUGUGUCUUUGUUCCUACCACCCUUAUGACUCAACCGUGUCAGAAGACAUCAGUGCUGCCUGCAACCACACAAAGUGAGGACUGGGACACCAAGGACUUAUCAAGCUCCUCCUUGGCUCUCUAAUAGGAUAUAAUGACUGGGGCUAAGGCCCUGGUCCAUAAAAGGAACAUGUUCUUUAAGUUCUGCCUGUGGAAGAUGUUCUUCUUCUCUGCAUGGUCAUCAAUUGGACAUGCUAAGUACAAUAGCCUUCCAGAAGUAGUGAUACCCUUGAGGGUCACUGUCACUAAAGGAAAUAAUAUUUCACCAGGUUGGCUGUCCUAUAGCCUGAACAUUGGGGGGAAGAGGCACAUAAUCACUAUGAAACCCAAGAAAAACUUGAUAUCCAGAAACUUCUUAUUAUUCACUUAUAGUGAUCAAGGUGAUCUCCUUGUAGAACAGCCUUUUGUGCAGAAUGACUGCUACUACCAUGGCUACGUGGAUGAAGACCCAGAAUCCAUGGUCAUUGUCAAUACCUGUUUUGGGAGUUUGCAAGGCACACUAGAAAUAAAUGGCACGAUUUAUGAAAUCAUGCCCAAGAGCUCAACAUCAACAUUUGAACAUCUGGCUUACAAAAUGGACAAUGGGGAGUCAGAACCAUCUCCCAUGAGAUGUGGGUUAUCAGAAGAGGAAAUAGCACGACAAAUGAAGCUUCAAGAAAGCAAUGCCUCCACUCUUUUGCAAAUCCCCUAUGAAAAUUGGUGGACCCAUCACAGGUUUAUUGAUUAUUUUGUAGUAAUAGAUCAUAAUCGAUAUGUUCAUAGAAAUAACAAUACCACGACUUGUAUUCAAGAAAUGUUGCAAGUAGUCAAUAUAUUAAAUGGUUUUUAUCUUCAAAUAGAGACUGAUGUGGUUUUAACCAAACUUGAAGUGUGGAGUCAAAAUAAUCUUAUCAAUGUAGAAGAAGAAAUGUCAAAGGUCCUAGGUGCAUUCUGUAAAUGGAAGAUAAAAACGAUUGGCAAUCGUGUUAGACAUGAUAUCAUACACCUUUUUGUCAGACGUGGUUAUGGUAUAUAUUUAGGGUUAGCUAAUGUAGGUACAGUUUGUUUAACUUAUAACUGUGCAGUUAACAGUUUUCUUACUGAUUCGUUAUCAGAUAUGGCAUUCAUCAUAGCACAUGAGAUGGGUCAUAACUUGGGCAUGAUGCAUGAUGGAAGUGCAUGCACAUGUGGGUUAAGUAGCUGCAUAAUGGCCCCAUAUAAAUCGAAUUCUCCAAAAUUCAGUAACUGUAGUUAUCAAGAAAUGUUUUCAGUUGUUACCAAAAGAAGUUGCUUGUAUGAUAUUCCAGAUGCACUAAAAACAAUAAACCUGAUGUCAACAAUGUGUGGCAACAACUUGGUUGAAGAAGGAGAGGAGUGUGAUUGUGGGAACUCUGAAUCCUGUUUACAAGAUCCUUGCUGUAGCAGCAACUGUGUUCUCAAACCUGGUGCUCAAUGUGCUUUUGGACUUUGUUGCAAAAAUUGCCAGUUCCUUAAAACAGGCACUGUGUGUAGACAAGAGAAAAAUGAGUGUGACCUUCCAGAGUGGUGCAAUGGAACUUCAGGUGAGUGUCCAGAAGAUGUGUAUAAAGCAGACGGAAUCCCUUGCAGUGGUAAGGGUUUUUGCUAUAAAAUGGAAUGUCAACAACGUGAUAAACAGUGUCGGAAGAUUUUUGGCAAUGGAAGUCGAAGUGCAGAUGAAAUUUGCUACAUGGAAAUGAACAGACAGGGUGACCGCUUUGGGAACUGUGGCAAUGAUAGCUCUACGUAUAGAAGAUGCCAACUCGCUGAUGUACUCUGUGGGCGAAUUCAGUGUAAGAAUGUGAUACAACUUCCCCAAAGGAGAAACCAUGAGACAGUGCAUUAUACUCACUUCAGUAAUGUCACCUGCUGGAGUAUGGACUAUCAUUUUGGGAUCACCAUUGAUGACGUUGGAGCAGUGAGUGAUGGCACAGCUUGUGGGCCAGACUAUUUAUGUGUUGAUAGAAAGUGUGUCAGCAAGUCUGUUCUGGUAAGUAACUGUACACCACAGUUAUGCCAUAUGCAAGGAGUCUGCAACAAUAAGAACCACUGCCAUUGUAAUAACACAUGGGAACCACCAGACUGUCAACUACGUGGCCAUGGAGGUAGUUUAGACAGUGGACCACCUCCAGUGCCUUUAUCUCCUUCCAAUUGGAGUAUGUACUUCCUAGCUUUUAUAAUUAUGUAUGUGCUUGGCUUUAUUGCUUUGUAUGGCAUUCGUGAAUUAAAGAAAAAAUCCUAAAAAGAUCGGUGCCAGACUGAGAGUCUGGUGAUAAAAAUCUCACUAGAAAAUAACAGGAUCUCUGAUCUUCAGACUUGCAAAAUCUGAAGAAGAUGCCAUGCUUAAAUCAAAACAAAAUAAUAAUGAUAAUAAAAUGUAUCCUACAAAACUUC